GGCAUUGUUUGGGGUCCUCGCUGGAGGCUCGGCGCCAGUCUCCCCGGCAGUCGCAGCAGAAGUAAAUACGAGCAAAAGUCAGAAAAAACUGUCAGAGGAAUCGUGGUGUUUAGGGACUUUGGACCUUCAGGCGUCCAGCAAUGAAUCUGGAACUGCUCGAAUCGUUUGGGCAGAACUAUCCAGAGGAGGCAGAUGGCACUCUGGACUGUAUCAGCAUGGCCCUCACCUGCACCUUCAACCGCUGGGGAACCCUGCUGGCUGUGGGCUGCAACGACGGUCGCAUCGUCAUCUGGGACUUCCUCACACGAGGGAUAGCCAAAAUCAUCAGCGCACACAUCCACCCAGUCUGCUCUUUAUGCUGGAGUCGAGACGGCCACAAGCUGGUGAGUGCCUCUACAGACAACAUCGUCUCGCAGUGGGAUGUCCUCACGGGAGACUGUGACCAGAGGUUUCGCUUCCCCUCACCAAUCCUGAAGCUUCAGUACCACCCCAGAGACAUGGACAAGGUGCUGGUGUGUCCCAUGAAGUCAGCGCCAGUCCUGCUGACGCUGUCAGAUUCCAAACACGUUGUCCUGCCUGUGGAUGAUGACUCAGACCUCAACGUGGUGGCAGCCUUCGACAGGCGAGGUGAAUACAUCUACACUGGCAAUGCCAAAGGAAAGAUCCUGGUGUUGAACACAAACACUCAGGAACUGGUGGCUUCAUUCAGAGUCACAACAGGCACCAGCAACACCACAGCCAUCAAGUCCAUUGAAUUUGCACGAAAGGGCAGUUGCUUCCUAAUAAACACAGCAGACCGGAUCAUCAGGGUGUAUGACGGCAGAGAGAUCCUGACCUGUGGCCGGGACGGUGAGCCUGAACCUAUGCAGAAACUUCAGGACUUGGUAAACAGGACUCCAUGGAAGCGAUGCUGUUUCUCAGGGGAUGGUGAAUACAUUGUGGCUGGUUCAGCAAGGCAGCACGCCCUCUACAUCUGGGAGAAAAGCAUCGGUAACCUGGUGAAGAUCCUGCACGGAACCAGAGGAGAGCUGCUCCUGGAUGUCGCUUGGCAUCCGGUCCGUCCCAUCAUUGCCUCCAUCUCCAGUGGAGUGGUGUCCAUCUGGGCUCAGAACCAAGUUGAAAACUGGAGUGCUUUUGCUCCAGACUUUAAAGAGCUGGAUGAGAACGUGGAGUACGAGGAGCGAGAGUCGGAAUUCGACAUUGAGGACGAAGACAAGAGCGAACCCGAGCAGACAGGUGCAGACGCUGCAGAAGAUGAAGAGGUGGAUGUGACCACUGUUGAUCCCAUAGCUGCUUUUUGUAGCAGUGAUGAGGAGUUGGAGGACCACAAGGCCCUGCUGUACCUGCCCAUCGCCCCCGAGGUUGAAGAUCCAGAGGAAAACCCGUUCGGUCCCCCGCCAGACGCCUCAGUUCAAUCUGGAGCUCCAGAGGACACACUGACUGGUGGUGAUAAGAAGCAGCGCCAGCCUUCAUCUGAAGGCGGUCCAGCCAAGAAAAAAGCUCGGACCACCACCAUUGAACUGCAGGGGGUGCCCAGUGAUGAGGUACACCCCCUACUGGGUGUAAAAGGGGACGGCAAGUCAAAGAAGAAGACAGCAGGCCGACCCAAAGGCUCCAAAGGUAAAGACAAAGACUUCCCCUUCAGGCCGAAGCCCUACAAGGGUGAUCGGCCCUCCUUUCCUGUGGUGCCCGAUGCCCUGGGCAGCUCUGGCCUGGGAGGAGUAGGAGGAAUAGGAGGAGGAGGAAUAGGAGGAGGAGGAGGAGGGCUGAAGGGCAGAGCAGAGGGGGGCCAGGCCACAGGGAGUCUGGUCACACCGUCGUACAAACAGCACGACAUCGGAGGGAUGGACUGAUCCAGCUGUGUGUGUUUGUGGAGGAACAUCAGCAGGCUCAAAAGAAAGAGACACAAAUCCUGAAGUGGUGUACAGACUGUGAGCGAGCAGCCUGUUUGGUGUGCAGACUGUUUUUUCCCCCAACCAGAGACCAGCGUCACAGGAAAACUCGUCAGCCCGGUUCUCUGACCGGACCCGUGAAGCGGCCGAGUCGUCACAGUAGAGGUCACACGUCCUCCGUAGGAUUUCAUCAUGUAUAGAACGUCUGUGUCCUGAUAGUGUGUGCGUUGUCUUGCUUGUCGUUUUUAUACGUAUUAAAACAUUCUGAUUUAUAAAUAAUGAUUUGAACUUUGACUUUAAUUUCAACUCUGAGCUUCUGGCUUGUUUUGAAUAGCUCCUUACUGAGGAUUGAAGGCUGAGGCAGAUGAAGGUUUUCAUGGGUGUCUGUUCAGUAUCUGUCAGCCAAUAACAAAAACUUUAGAUGUACAAAACAUGCCGACAUGUUUGGUGAACAGCCGGAUCUGUGUUGCAACAGCCGUCUAAGCAAACACGAUUCAGCUAAUCCAGCCAAAAGACAUGAUCCCUCCAUUGUUUCCUGGGUCCUGCCAGUA